AAAACACCUACAGUGGACUCUUGGAUUGCAGGGCAGGGCGGUAUUGUCAGGACAAAUACCUCUAAUAGUAUACUGCAUAGAGGAAGAAGAAAAAGAAAGUCCAGGAUUCUUAUAAUGGAUGAAUCUUUCCUACAAAGUUUGAAUAAUCUGGAUUACGUGUGAGGUACCUGGGUGUCACCACAAUGGAGAGCUCUGAUGACGAGGACUUCCGAGAUGCAUGCGAUUCCUUCCCUGAACCACUCUGUGAGGAGGGAACAGGCGCUUCACCAACACCACAGUCUGACUAUGUCCCUCCACCAGAAAUCACAGCUCUCAGUGUUGGCCAGAAGACUGUUUCCUUUGCUAUACCGCUCACUGAUGACUCUGUUAAGUAUAAACUUUUGUUAAAAUACUCCUGUGACACGCAGAGAGUCAGGAUGAUCAGAGACGACUCCAGCACUGUGGAGGUUGAGGGACUGAUUCCUGGGACUGAGUAUACUUUCAACAUCACAAGGAUUGCAGAAAAUGGAAAUCGAAGCAAAGCAACCUCACUGUCUGUCUGCACAGAGCCCAGCCCUCCUGUGCAGAUUGCAGUCUAUCAGGUCAGCAGUCAGUCACUCUCUCUGCGAUGGGACCCCCCUGCUGGUGACGUGGAGAGUUACAUUGUAACGUGUUGCCAUGAGGGAGAAAUUGUGCAAGAGACGACAACGGACACAAACGACCUGACUCUCAGCAACCUGAGUCCAGGGGAGAGUUACUCUCUGCAGGUUUCUGCACAACUGAGGAAUGGAAGAAAAAGCAAGCCAGCUGUAACAUCUGCACACACAAAGCCCAGCCCUCCUGUGCAGAUUGCAGUCUAUCAGGUCAGCAGUCAGUCACUCUCUCUGCGAUGGGACCCCCCUGCUGGUGACGUGGAGAGUUACAUUGUAACGUGUUGCCAUGAGGGAGAAAUUGUGCAAGAGACGACAACGGACACAAACGACCUGACUCUCAGCAACCUGAGUCCAGGGGAGAGUUACUCUCUGCAGGUUUCUGCACAACUGAGGAAUGGAAGAAAAAGCGAGCCAGCUGUAACAUCUGCACACACAAAGCCCAGCCCUCCUGUGCAGAUUGCAGUCUAUCAGGUCAGCAGUCAGUCACUCUCUCUGCGAUGGGACCCCCCUGCUGGUGAGGUGGAGAGUUACAUUGUAACGUGUUGCCAUGAGGGAGAAAUUGUGCAAGAGACGACAACGGACACAAACGACCUGACUCUCAGCAACCUGAGUCCAGGGGAGAGUUACUCUCUGCAGGUUUCUGCACAACUGAGGAAUGGAAGAAAAAGCGAGCCAGCUGUAACAUCUGCACACACAAAGCCCAGCCCUCCUGUGCAGAUUGCAGUCUAUCAGGUCAGCAGUCAGUCACUCUCUCUGCGAUGGGACCCCCCUGCUGGUGACGUGGAGCGUUACAUUGUAACGUGUUGCCAUGAGGGAGAAAUUGUGCAAGAGACGACAACGGACACAAACGACCUGACUCUCAGCAACCUGAGUCCAGGGGAGAGUUACUCUCUGCAGGUUUCUGCACAACUGAGGAAUGGAAGAAAAAGCGAGCCAGCUGUAACAUCUGCACACACAAAUGUCCCUCCACCAGAAAUAACAGUUGUCAGUGUUGGUCAGGAAACUGUUUCCUUUGGUAUAACACUCACUGAUGACUCUGUUAAAUAUACACUGGAAUUAGAGUACUGCUGUGAAACCCAGAGAGACAGUUUGAUCAGAGACGACUCCAGCACUGUGGAGGUUGAGGGACUGAUUCCUGGGACUGAGUAUACUUUCAACAUCACAAGGAUUGCAGAAAAUGGAAAUCGAAGCAAAGCAACCUCGCUGUCUGUCUUCACAGAGCCCAGCCCUCCUGUGCAGAUUGCAGUCUAUCAGGUCAGCAGUCAGUCACUCUCUCUGCGAUGGGACCCCCCUGCUGGUGACGUGGAGAGUUACAUUGUAACGUGUUGCCAUGAGGGAGAAAUUGUGCAAGAGACGACAACGGACACAAACGACCUGACUCUCAGCAACCUGAGUCCAGGGGAGAGUUACUCUCUGCAGGUUUCUGCACAACUGAGGAGUGGAAGAAAAAGCGAGCCAGCUGUAACAUCUGCACACACAAAUGUCCCUCCACCAGAAAUAACAGUUGUCAGUGUUGGUCAGGAGACUGUUUCCUUUGGUAUAACACUCACUGAUGACUCUGUUAAAUAUACACUGGAAUUAGAGUACUGCUGUGAAACACAGAGAGACAGUUUGAUCAGAGACGACUCCAGCACUGUGGAGGUUGAGGGACUGAUUCCUGGGACUGAGUAUACUUUCAACAUCACAAGGAUUGCAGAAAAUGGAAAUCGAAGCACAGCAACCUCGCUGUCUGUUUUCACAGAGCCCAGCCCCCCUGUGCAGAUUGCAGUCUAUCAGGUCAGCAGUCUGUCACUCUCUCUGCGAUGGGACCCCCCUGCUGGUGACGUGGAGAGUUACAUUGUAACAUGUAGCCAUGAGGGAGAAAUUGUGCAAGAGACGACAACGGACACAAACGACCUGACUCUCAGCAACCUGAGUCCAGGGGAGAGUUACUCUCUGCAGGUUUCUGCACAACUGAGGAAUGGAAGAAAAAGCAAGCCAGCUGUAACAUCUGCACACACAAAUGUCCCUCCACCAGAAAUAACAGUUGUCAGUGUUGGUCAGGAGACUGUUUCCUUUGGUAUAACACUCACUGAUGACUCUGUUAAAUAUACACUGGAAUUAGAGUACUGCUGUGAAACACAGAGAGACAGUUUGAUCAGAGACGACUCCAGCACUGUGGAGGUUGAGGGACUGAUUCCUGGGACUGAGUAUACUUUCAACAUCACAAGGAUUGCAGAAAAUGGAAAUCGAAGCACAGCAACCUCGCUGUCUGUUUUCACAGAGCCCAGCCCCCCUGUGCAGAUUGCAGUCUAUCAGGUCAGCAGUCUGUCACUCUCUCUGCGAUGGGACCCCCCUGCUGGUGACGUGGAGAGUUACAUUGUAACAUGUAGCCAUGAGGGAGAAAUUGUGCAAGAGACGACAACGGACACAAACGACCUGACUCUCAGCAACCUGAGUCCAGGGGAGAGUUACUCUCUGCAGGUUUCUGCACAACUGAGGAAUGGAAGAAAAAGCAAGCCAGCUGUAACAUCUGCACACACAAAUGUCCCUCCACCAGAAAUAACAGUUGUCAGUGUUGGUCAGGAGACUGUUUCCUUUGGUAUAACACCCACUGAUGACUCUGUUAAAUAUACACUGGAAUUAGAGUACUGCUGUGAAACACAGAGAGACAGUUUGAUCAGAGACGACUCCAGCACUGUGGAGGUUGAGGGACUGAUUCCUGGGACUGAGUAUACUUUCAACAUCACAAGGAUUGCAGACAAUGGAAAUCGAAGCACAGCAACCUCGCUGUCUGUUUUCACAGAGCCCAGCCCUCCUGUGCAGAUUGCAGUCUAUCAGGUCAGCAGUCAGUCACUCUCUCUGCGAUGGGACCCCCCUGCUGGUGACGUGGAGAGUUACAUUGUAACGUGUUGCCAUGAGGGAGAAAUUGUGCAAGAGACGACAACGGACACAAACAACCUGACUCUCAGCAACCUGAGUCCAGGGGAGAGUUACUCUCUGCAGGUUUCUGCACAACUGAGGAAUGGAAGAAAAAGCAAGCCAGCUGUAACAUCUGCACACACAAAGCCCAGCCCUCCUGUGCAGAUUGCAGUCUAUCAGGUCAGCAGUCAGUCUCUCUCUCUGCGAUGGGACCCCCCUGCUGGUGACGUGGAGAGUUACAUUGUAACGUGUUGCCAUGAGGGAGAAAUUGUGCAAGAGACGACAACGGACACAAACGACCUGACUCUCAGCAACCUGAGUCCAGGGGAGAGUUACUCUCUGCAGGUUUCUGCACAACUGAGGAGUGGAAGAAAAAGCGAGCCAGCUGUAACAUCUGCACACACAAAGCCCAGCCCUCCUGUGCAGAUUGCAGUCUAUCAGGUCAGCAGUGACUCACUCUCUCUGCGAUGGGACCCCCCUGCUGGUGAAGUUGAGAGUUAUGUUGUGACUUGUUGCACUGAGGGAGAAAUUGUGCAAGAGACGACAACAGACACAAACAACCUGACUCUCAGCAACCUGAGUCCAGGGGAGAGUUACUCUCUGCAGGUUUCUGCACAACUGAGGAAUGGAAGAAAAAGCAAGCCAGCUGUAACAUCUGCACACACAAAGACAAACCUUGAGAGCUUAUUGGAGGAUCUGGGGUUGGAGCAGCACUACAAAGAGAAGCUGUCGCUGAGCACAAUACUUCAGAUUGAGGAGAAGACCAUCACUGAUAACACUGCCAAGUGUAACUCAGAUCUUCCAGGGUAUUUUCUAAAGAAACUGAUGAUGACAUCUGCAGCAGUUUUUGUGUUCUUUGACCGUCUGAACUCGGACUAUGAGCUGCUCAUGAACCAACAACACAAGGCAGAGAUCUUCUUGGUGGGAAACCAUCAAAGCAAUUUCUUCAGCAUGGAUGGUCUAAAGAAGGUAGCAAACAAGUUCAGCUUGACUAACAACAACAUCCUUUUGAAGACUAAGCACAUGAAUGAUGCAGACUUCAUUAAAAAUCUGCGGAGAACAGUCAGCAAUGUGGUUGAGAACUCAAAGAUGAAAAUGGGCAUUGAGCAGAUGGCUGACAUUGCCCAUGAACUGGGAAUCUGGGUUGAUGAAGACUGUCCAGAAUGCCAGACUGCCAAGAACAAUGCUGAUGCCAUCACUGCAGAAAUUCAAGACAUCCUGAAAUAUAAAGAUGCUCAGCUACCCUUGCAAGGUCAAAUAUGGAAAGAACUGUCUCGCUUAGAGAAGGAAGAAUUUAGGCUACGAAAAGUUGGGUCUGAAAACAUAGAAAAGUACAAAAGUGACCUGCAGAUAGAGAAAGAAAAACUUCGUAAAGAACAGAAUUCUUAUGACAUGUCAAAUGCAAUGUCAUGUUUCAUCCAAGCAAUAUCAAGCCCAGGGACAGAGAGAUCCUACUUCCUGAAAUGGCUGCGAAUGAAUCUCGAUAACUUGUCUCGAGAAAAACUGUCUGACCUCAGGGAGCAGUACAAAGAAAAAUCCAAAAAUUCUGAGAACAAAGAGGAAAUCAAAGAGACUGACAGACAACUUUCCAACAGCUCACUGGGGACUGAACACUUCUUCCGUGAAAUGGGUCAGAUCUAUGAAGCUUCACUUUCCCUUCCAGAAGAUAACCCAUCUCGUCAACAGUUACAGCAUCUGCCUAAGCUUUGUGCAGGACUGUUGCUUGAUGGAUUUCCCCUUGAGCUUGUAGAUGGAGAUGCCUCCAACAUACCUCUCAGAUGGGUGAGUGAUGUUCUCUCUCAGCUCAAUGACCUGGUGUCUCCUAAGAACAAGAUACUGGUUGUCACAGUUCUUGGAGUUCAGAGCACAGGGAAGUCCACUCUCCUCAACACCAUGUUUGGAGUGCAGUUUGCAGUCAGCAGUGGUCGAUGCACUCGAGGUGCCUUCAUGUUGCUGAUCAGAGUCAAUGACGAUGUUAAAAACAUUCUCAAAUGUGACUACAUGAUGAUCAUUGACACUGAGGGCUUAAAGUCACCAGAACUCGCACAACUGGACAACAGCUAUGAACACGACAAUGAGCUUGCAACACUUGUUGUGGGGCUGAGUGACAUCACCAUUAUUAAUAUUGCAAUGGAGAACUCAACAGAAAUGAAAGACAUCCUACAGAUAGUGGUGCAUGCUUUUCUCAGGAUGAAAGAGGUGGGCAAAAAGCCCAAAUGCCAGUUUGUUCACCAGAAUGUGUCAGAUGUUUCAGCCCAUGAGAAGAACCUACGAGACAGGAAACUGCUCUUGCAGCAGUUAAAUGAGAUGACGCAGGCAGCAGCCAAAAUGGAAAAGAAAGAGGAGAACAAGAGCUUCACUGAUGUGAUGGAAUACAGUCCAGACACUGGGAACUGGUACGUUCCUGGUCUCUGGAAUGGAAACCCACCAAUGGCACCAGUCAAUGCAGGAUACAGUGAGGCUGUUUAUGAGCUCAAGAAAAACAUUAUCCAAAUGUUGGGAAGUUGUGAGUCGUCUGCUAAUAAUAUCUUGGAGUUUACAGAGUGGGUGAAAAGCCUGUGGAAUGCAGUGAAGCAUGAAAACUUUAUCUUCAGCUUCAGAAACAGCCUGGUGGCUGAUGCAUACAUGAGGCUGUGCACAGAAUUCAACAAAUGGGAAUGGGAAUUCAAAAAAGAGAUGUACACCUGGGUCAGUGCAGCGGAAACAAGAAUAUCAAACUUUGGCACAGUUGCUAGAAAAUCUGAGAAAUCUAACAUGUCAGAUUUUCUCACUAGUUUGAAAAGUGAAGCUUGUGUUGUGUUGUCCAAAUGGGAGACAAAGCUUCUUGAAAAUCUGGCAAAGUACUUCAAGCAAACAGAGGGUCAUGUCUAUCUAGUUGAAGCAUACAAAGAAGACUUUGCAAACAGUGCAAAGAGCCUUCGAAGAGAAAUGGAGAAAUCUGUAAUCAAUCAGCUCACAACAACAGCGGACUUCAGAGAGGGAAUGACAAAACUUGACAGAAUCAAGGAGAAGCACACAAAGCAGCUGGAAGAGAGAGUGCAUGGACUGAUUGAAGAAUGUCGGAAAAAACAAGUUCGCAUGACAGACAAAGAGCUGGACGAAGAAUUUGAUCGAAUGUGGAAUAAAACACUGAAUGAACUGUCUCCCUUUGAACAAAAGGCCACAGAUGUCAUUGCAAAUGUGUCCAGCUACCUGAGAACAGAUCUAUCAAAAAGGGGGAGUCAUGUUUGUGAUUUGCUGAGUCAAAAAAGUUUGCAAGAAUGUGGACUGGAACCUUUCACAUACACUGUAGAAGGGUUUUUUAAGCAGUGCAAACACAAACUCACCAAGUUCUUACACAUAGAGGAUCAUGUUGCAGCUUUACAAAACAUAGCUGACCGUAUCAUAACAGAUUGCACACAGAUCAUGACUGAAAAAAUGGAAAGAAAAAACAACUACCAUGACACUUACAUCGAGGAGAUCCUACACACGAUCGAUGAGAGGCUGCAAAACAGUCAGAAUGUGAAGACAGGGAUCAAGUUUGAAGUUUAUCUCAAACAGCACAUCUGUGGAUAUGCAGCAAGACAGUUUCAGAAAAUGCAUGAAGAUUUCCUGCGUGACAACGAUCCCUACAGAUGUCUGAAUCAAAACAAAGAAAAGUUUCGUGCUGGUUUUAAGGAUGUGUUCCAUGAACGAGACCAGUGCCAGAAGAAAGCAGAAGAAUUCACACAACGCUGCUUGAGGCCUGCAGUGGAAGACUUUGUGAACCGUUCCUUAGGUCCUGACAUCAUUGGUGAAAUGCUGACAAGUGAGCAGUUCAACACUCGAAUGUUCCUCCAGUAUUUGAUUUUACUGGAUUUGCUCUCAAAGCAUGACUUUAAAAACUAUCUGAGCUAUAUUUGCUCAUAUGAGGAGUAUGUAAAGAAAUGGAUAUUUGACCAAAUAGUGGAUCGCUUCUCAAAUCAUUCUAAGACAUUCGAGUUUGAGGAUCGACAUGUUCUCUCAAGUAUCAACAGCAUAAACAAUGCUAUCAACAAAGCUAAAACAGAAAAGAGUGGCAACCUCAAGACAUUUGUUGAACAUUUCUGUCAGGAACUUGGUGAUAAACUGGUCAUUUCCCAGGAUGCUCUUGGUGCUUUCUUGAUCCUGAACAAUGCUGACCAGGAACAGUUUGCUCACUGGCUCUCUGGAUGUGUGAAGGACAUGGCACAAACUCUUAGGAAGAAGUUCAAAGAAACAAGCAUCCAGAUGAAACUAAAAGCUCUUCAUGUGAAUCCUCAGAAUGAGCUUUUCACCAGAGUGAUCGGCUGUGGUAAACAGUGUCCAUUCUGCAAAGCACCUUGUGAGGCAGGAGGAAAAGAGCAUGCAGAACACUGGACAUCACUACAUCGGCCAGAGGGUCUGGGUAAAUACAGAUUUAUUUCCUCAAACAAACUUGACCCUGACAUAUGCUCUUCUCUUGUGGUCACUAAUAGUACUUUUCGAUGUGACGUUACAAACUAUGCAGAUCACCCUUACAAACGUUACAAAGAAAUUUUCCCUGACUGGAAAAUCCCACCGGAUGCUAGUCUCCAGGCAUCAGACUACUGGAAGUAUGUAAUGCAAACGUUUAACAAGAAGUUUGCAAAAGUAUACAAUGCUGAGCCCGCUGAUAUUCCAGAAACAUGGAGAAAUAUCACAUAUAAGCAAGCAGAAGCAAGCCUCAAAGAGUCAUUCAACAUCAAGUGAGGGUCUCCAGACUUUGAGGUUACACAGGCGUAUCCUUCUCACAUUCAUUCAUUCAUCCAUUCAUUCUCCUAUUUUGUCGUUACUUGUUUUUUAAUGCUAUUAAAGACAAUCACAAAUAGUAACUUGUUGUAUAUAAGAUGUCAAGGUUGAAGAUAUUAUCAGUAAACAUGUAUCUUUUACCACUAUGACUUGCAAUAGGGAUAUAAGAAAUCACUGCAAUUAGGGCUUACCUUCACCUGAGAUCGCAUUUAACAUCUGAAAUGAUUUGCUGUAAUUCUAUGUUUAUGUUAAGCAGGACAUAUUUACAUGUUUUUUGAUACUUUAAGUCAAUGUGCUUGUCCAGUAGAUUACAUCUGAGUCGGAAUUUAUGAUUUUGUGUGCCAGAUGAACGUCAUUAUAUUGUAACUGAAAAGAUGUACACACUUAGCCUUGGUCCAGAUCUUUGAAUCCACUCACUCCUCUGAGUUGACUAAUUCUGAAUAUGGAAAGAGUGUAACAGGGUGACUGUCUAAUUUUCAGAUAAGUCAAGGCAGCAAAAAGACAGAGAAAAAGUUUGCUUUCGUUAAAUUCAAAUUAUAUAUUACAUGAAGUUGUUUUUUGUGUCUCUCCGUGAUGUAUGACAUGUUGCAUAUUUUUAUGUAUUUUAUAGAUCACUCAUAAAAUAUUGCCAUUUUAAAUCAUUUUGAAAUCAUUAAAAGAUCAUUCAUAUUUUAAGUGAUAUCGUCAACAUAUUAUGAAACAAAGUUCGUUUUAAUAAAAGAAGUUUAUGUAAUCUUUUUUAAACUCAGAAUUUAGUAUCUUUUUUUCAUUUCAGUGUCUGCUUCCAUUUUUAAAGAACUUAAAGGAUAAUGUAUUCUAUAUGUGGUUGUGGUGUAUUGUCAAUAUAUAUGCAUAACUUC